CAGACAGGCUCUGAGGCAGCAUGUAUAGUGCAUUCUCUGUAUACACACCAGGCUGGAGUGACAUGCUAUACACUGAAUGAAACUAAGUUGUUGUGCAGAUACCUGCCUGCCACUAACUGCAGACACUGAGCCUCAGGAGAACAGCGAAAGUCACAAAGGCUGAAUAGAUAACCUGUCGGAGAUGCAGAAAUUCAUUCACAGCCUGAAGGAUUGCUCUGGCCGCUGAAGGCAGCAGUCACAUCCAACUCAGUGUCCUCUGAACGGAAUAUAAAAACCUUGUGCACAGGAGAAAAAAAAGAGAGAGAAGUUGCUUUUUGGUCUUAAGAUAGGUGCACAAAAUAUGCAUUUUGGAUGAGCAAUGUUCUGCGUCCGCCAGAUUGCAAACUUGCAAAUAAAACUAGUUCUUCUUCAACAUCAAAAACUGAGAUUGGCCGGCUGAUACCUCCAGCUUGGUAAAAAAAAACAAAAAAACACUAACCAUUGUUUUUUUGGCUUCUUCCUCUUUUUGGCGUUCCGGAGUUGGUUAUAACUAAUGUUAGCGGGAUUUAUUAAGAAGAAAAUGUGUGGCGUUGGUUUCUGGAAGCUGUGCGUCUCCGUGGGACUAGUGUUGGUGAUCCUGAGCGAGGUGGCACCCCAGCCGUGCCCAGCUCAGUGCACUUGUACCGGGACCACAGUGGACUGCCAUGGGCUGGCUCUCCGUAGCGUGCCUCGCAACAUUCCUCGGAACACAGAACGACUUGACCUGAAUGGAAAUAACCUUACAAGAAUAACUAAGACAGACUUUGCGGGUCUGAGGCAUCUACGUGUUUUGCAGCUUAUGGAGAACAAGAUUAGCACCAUUGAAAGGGGAGCAUUUCAAGAUCUGAAAGAAUUGGACAGAUUGCGUCUGAAUCGAAAUAAUCUUCAGGUUUUUCCCGAAUUGCUUUUCCUAGGAACACCCAAACUCUACAGACUUGACCUCAGUGAAAACCAGAUUCAGGCAAUCCCCAGGAAGGCGUUCCGUGGCUCGGUAGAUAUUAAAAAUCUGCAACUGGAUUUUAACCAGAUCAGCUGCAUUGAAGAUGGUGCAUUCCGUGCUCUCCGGGACCUGGAAGUGCUCACUCUCAACAAUAACAACAUCACUCGGCUUUCAGUGGCAAGCUUCAACCACAUGCCAAAACUUCGAAUUUUUCGACUUCACUCCAAUAACUUGUACUGCGACUGCAACCUGGCCUGGUUAUCCGAUUGGCUGCGCCAGAGACCCCGCGUUGGCCUUUAUACCCAGUGCAUGGGGCCUAGUCACCUGAGAGGACACAAUGUUGCUGAAGUUCAAAAGCGGGAAUUCAUUUGCAGCGGUCAGCAGUCGUCGUUCAUGGUGUCUUCCUGCAGCGUCUUGUACUGCCCAGCCGCCUGCACCUGCAGCAAUAACAUUGUGGACUGUCGAGGAAAAGGCUUAACAGAGAUUCCGACCAACCUUCCUGAGACAAUAACAGAAAUGAGAUUAGAGCAAAACUCAAUCAAGGUCAUACCUCCGGGGGCUUUCUCACCGUAUAAAAAACUGCGAAGAAUUGAUUUAAGCAACAACCAGAUAUCUGAAAUAGCCCCAGAUGCUUUCCAAGGCCUGCGUUCCCUCAACUCUCUGGUUCUCUAUGGAAAUAAAAUCACAGAACUUCCCCAAAAUGUGUUUGAAGGAUUGUUUUCACUUCAGCUCCUAUUGCUGAAUGCCAACAAGAUCAACUGUCUGAGGGUAGGUGCUUUCCAGGAUCUGCACAACCUGAACCUUCUCUCUUUGUAUGACAACAAACUGCAAACCAUUGCCAAAGGCACAUUCGCAGCGCUGCGUGCCAUUCAGACUCUGCAUUUGGCUCAGAACCCAUUUAUCUGUGACUGCCAUCUGAAGUGGCUGGCGGAUUAUCUCCUUACAAACCCCAUUGAGACAAGUGGUGCCCGCUGCACCAGCCCCCGCCGACUGGCAAACAAAAGAAUCGGGCAGAUCAAAAGCAAGAAAUUCCGCUGCUCAGCUAAAGAGCAAUAUUUCAUCCCAGGUACAGAAGACUAUAGGUCCAAACUGAGUGGAGACUGUUUUGCUGACCAGGCAUGUCCAGAGAAGUGUCGCUGUGAAAGCACCACUGUGGACUGCUCCAAUCAGAAGCUCACUAAAAUUCCUGACCACAUCCCACAGUACACUGCUGAGCUGCGUCUCAACAACAAUGAAUUUACAGUCUUGGAAGCCACUGGAAUCUUCAAGAAACUCCCCCAGCUGCGGAAGAUAAACCUAAGCAACAAUAAGAUCAGUGAUAUUGAGGAGGGGGCCUUCGAUGGAGCUAAUGGAGUGAACGAACUCAUCCUGACCAGUAACCGAAUAGAGAAUGUGCGCCAUAAAAUGUUUAAAGGCCUAGAUGGGCUCAAAUCAUUGAUGCUGAGAAGUAAUCACAUUAGCUGUGUGAAUAAUGACAGCUUUACUGGCCUGAGUUCUGUGCGCUUACUGUCUCUUUAUGACAACCAGAUUGUCACUGUGGCCCCCGGAGCGUUUGAUACACUACAUUCUCUGUCCACUUUGAAUCUUCUGGGAAAUCCCUUUAAUUGCAACUGUCACCUGGCCUGGCUGGGAAAUUGGCUCAGGAAGAAACGUAUUGUAACUGGAAACCCUCGCUGUCAAAAGCCGUACUUCCUUAAGGAGAUUCCCAUACAAGAUGUUGCAGUACAGGACUUUACGUGUGACGAGGGAAAUGAUGACAACACUUGCUCACCCCUUGCCCGCUGCCCAGCGGAAUGUACCUGUUUAGAUACGGUGGUCCGUUGCAGCAACAAAGGAUUAAAAACAUUACCAAAGAACAUCCCUAAGGACGUCACUGAACUGUACCUGGAUGGAAACCAGUUUACCCUGGUCCCAAAGGAGCUGUCCAGUUUUAAACACUUGAUGCUUAUGGACCUGAGUAAUAACCGUAUCAGCACACUCUCUAACCAGAGCUUCAGCAACAUGACGCAGCUCCUCACUCUGAUUCUUAGUUACAACCGUCUCAGAUGCAUUCCUCUACGGGCAUUCGAUGGUCUAAACUCCCUAAGACUCUUAUCCUUGCAUGGCAAUGAUAUAUCCACUAUACCGCAGGGGGCCUUCAGUGAUCUCCUGGCUCUGUCACACCUGGCCAUUGGGGCAAACCCUCUAUACUGUGACUGUCACAUGCAAUGGCUGUCCGAUUGGGUGAAGUCUGAGUACAAAGAGCCUGGCAUUGCACGCUGCGCUGGACCCGGGGACAUGGCAGACAAGCUUCUACUUACUACUCCGUCCAAAAAGUUCACAUGUCACGGACCUGUUGAUGUUAACAUCCUUGCUAAAUGUAAUCCGUGUUUAUCAAAUCCGUGCAAAAAUGACGGCACCUGCAAAAACGACCCGGUUGACUUCUACAGGUGUACAUGUCCCUAUGGCUUUAAGGGGCAGGACUGUGAUACUCCAAUCCACGCCUGCAUCAGUAAUCCAUGUAAACACGGAGGAACCUGCCACUUGAAGGAAGGGGAGAAAGAUGGGUUUUGGUGUACGUGUGCUGAUGGGUUUGAAGGUGAAAACUGUGAGGUGAACAUUGAUGACUGUGAAGAUAACGACUGUGAAAAUAAUUCCACUUGUGUGGACGGAAUCAACAACUACACUUGUCUGUGCCCGCCAGAGUACACCGCUGCUAAUCUGAAUGAGGUGGAAAAAGGUGAAUUGUGUGAGGAAAAGCUGGACUUUUGUUCCCAGGACAUAAACCCAUGUCAGCAUGAGUCUAAAUGCAUCCUGCUGCAGAGGGGAUACAAAUGUGACUGCACUCCGGGCUAUGUGGGUGAACACUGUGAUAUUGAUUAUGAUGACUGUCAAGAGAACAAGUGUCGGAAUGGCGCUCGGUGUACGGACGCAGUGAAUGGCUAUACGUGUGUGUGCCCGGAUGGCUACAGCGGAUUGUUCUGCGAGUUCCCGCUACCCAUGGUUUUGCCACGUACAAGUCCAUGUGAUAAUUUUGAAUGUCAGAAUGGAGCUCAGUGCAUCUUGAAGGGCAGUGACCCCUCGUGUCAGUGUGUGUCAGGAUAUCAGGGCAGCAAGUGUGAAAAACUCACAAGUCUUAACUUUAUAAACAAAGACUCGUUUCUGCAAAUCCCUUCUACAAAGAUCCGCACUCAGUCCAACAUCUCAGUACAGGUGGCCACAGAUGAGGACAGUGGGAUCCUGUUCUACAGGGGUGAAAAGGAACUUAUAGCGGUGGAGUUAUAUCGGGGGAGAGUGCGGGUUAGCUAUGACACUGGAAGUUACCCGGCAUCUGCCAUCUACAGUGUUGAGACAAUAAAUGAUGGUCAUUUCCACGUUGUGGAGCUUGUGAGCCAGGAUCAGACCCUGUCGCUGAUAGUGGAUGGAGGAAACCCGAAGACCAUUACUAAUUUGUCAAAACAAUCUUCUCUCGACUCCCCACUUUACGUAGGAGGUAUGCCCAUAAAAAACAACGUUGCAGUGUUGCGGCAGUCUCCUGGACAGAACGGAACCAACUUCCAAGGCUGCAUCCGGAACCUGUACAUAAAUAACGAGCUGCAGGACUUUAAGAAGUUCACUCUGCAAACAGGAAUCGUACCAGGCUGUGAGCCCUGCCACAAAAAAGUCUGCCUGCAUGGGACGUGUCUGGCUACAAGCCAGUCUGGCUUUACCUGCGAGUGCGACGGAGGGUGGACAGGAACACUUUGCGACCAGCAGUCCAACGACCCUUGUCUGGGAAAUAAGUGUAUACAUGGCACCUGUCUGCCCAUCAAUGCCUUUUCCUAUAGCUGUAAGUGCUUGCAGGGCUUUGGGGGUGUUCUGUGCGAUGAAAGUGAGGAGCAAUUUAACCCCUGCCAGUCUAUUAAGUGUAAACAUGGGAAAUGCAGGCUGUCGGGCUUGGAGAAAGCCUACUGUGAGUGCAGCGCUGGUUACACUGGGGACAACUGUGAUAAAGAAAUCUCUUGCCGAGGGGAACGGAUCAGAGAUUAUUACCAAAAGCAGCAAGGUUAUGCAGCUUGCCAGACGACCGAGAAGGUAUCGCGACUAGAAUGCAGAGGAGGAUGCUCAAAUGGACAAUGCUGUGGACCAUUGAAAAGCAAGCGACGGAAAUAUGUUUUUGAGUGCACCGACGGCUCCUCAUUUGUGGACGAAGUUGAGAAAGUCAUAAAGUGCGGAUGUACAAAGUGUCCCUCCUAAAUCUGUAACCGUCACAAGUCCCUUGAAGACGCUGUAUUCCUUAUGACCGUGUUGAACUAAUUCGAAGUUGAUAGUGGAAAAUAUUUGAAUUAUAUUGUAAAAUACAGAAACAGACUUAUUUUUAUUAAGAAAAAGAAAAGGACAUUUUCCUGACUGGCAAUUCAGAAAUAAAUAAAAAGAAGCAACAAAUCUUAAACUACGAUUUUUGUCAAAGAAGAUAAGAUGUAGAACAAACAAAGACAUGAAGUCUACAGAGAGAUUCUUUGACGGAGGGACAUUGUAACUGUCGCUUGGUAUAGUAUGGUUUGCUCUGUGCAACUUGCUGAAGAUAAAACUAAUACUCAAUGAUUUAAAAAUCAGGGGGGGCAAUCGGCCCAGAUAAGGAGGCAUGUUAAUUGGCUGCUACAUAUCCGCAUUGUUGAGUAUCGCCAAUUGGAGAAUCACAUGAAUAUGAUUAAAUGGACAAGCUGUGAAUGAUAAGGGAUCAAGUUAAUUUAUCCUUUUGCAUCGAGAACACCCAAACUGAACAACUACUGGGAAGUUCUGGGAUUUCCAAAAACAUCUGGACAAGACCCAUGACUGGGACUGAAAAAAUAGCCCAGAACUGGACUUCUGGUUUUAAAUAUAUUAAUGUCACGUGAUAGCACAAGAAGCUUACAGAAGUCUUCAUCUAGCCCUUUUCCAGUAUUAUUUUUAUUUUUAUUUUUUUUGUAAUAUAAAAAUUAACUGGGCCAUUAGUAAAGAAGUCUGGUAGUUUUUUAAUUAGGAAUAAUUUUUCAACUUCUAAGACAAAAAAAAAAGUUUAUAAGCAGUAUUCAGACUGAAUGAGACAUAUUUAUUGUACCGGAGUACAUCAUUCUUAACAAGUUUAGGUUAUCCCUUUUUUUUCGAUGCUUUAAUAUAUAUUAAUUUAUAUUUGUCCUGAUAUUUUUCUAUUUUGAUGAACACAAAAUGACUCGAAGUCAGGAUUUUUCUUUUUUUCUUCUAGAACUAACAUAGCAGAUUGUGUUGGAUGGUUUUGUUUAGUCCGGUAUGUGUUCAUUAAUGUGGUUGUGUAAUCUGCAACGUGCUUGAUCCAGGGUACAUGCUGAGAAAUGUACAAUAGAGUGUCUUUAAAUUAGAUACAAAUAAAUGAUAUAGAAGUAUUUUUUCCCCUAAAUAUAAUAUAAAUAUAAUGUAUAUUUACGUAAAACUAAACCUGUGUUGUAGGCUGACAAAUGUCACUAGUCUAUAGGAGCUCCCUAAAUUUCCCCAUAAAAAUGUAUCCGUUAUUUAGAGCAGAUUAUACUGUUCACAAUGGUGAUUUUUUUGUUUUGUUUUGUUUUCCCCAAUAAUAUAAAUACCAUAGUAAUAUUUGGUUCCCAUGUUAAUAGGCUGCUGCUAAAGAACAGUAUAUGAUUGUUAAUGGUUGGUAGUGGGCUGUGAUCUCCUUUCCUACAAUAAAGAAAACUGGCACUCUAUACAAAAAACAUUUGUAGAACUUUUUUUUUUUUUGUAUUUACAAACAAAAUAGGUGUACGAUCUAAAAUGCAGUGAGCUUUGUCUUAUUCGGACUGAUAUCAGUAAUGCUACUGAUGUUUGUAAAUUAAACAGAUAUUACUUCCAUAUU